UGCAAAAGUUGUGUGUCGCUGACAGAGAUCGCUUUCUAGCAAAUAACGACUGCCAGAGCCCCAAGACAAAUACGGCAAGACAGGUUCGCCUAUGUGACUCCCACGUGGGACCGCAGACCCUGUUUCUUUUGCUUUAUAUAUGCGCGCGGCAGUAACUUACUCCGUACGUAUUGUGUGCUGCGACGCUGACCUACAAGCAGAAAGUCUCCGUCAGUGCCAAUUACAAUUUUGAAUGGAGAACAACGACGGGCGAUGAUUUCUGCUCUUGAUCAAAUUCAAAAAGGGCCUAAAAGAAGAAUAAUUUGAUGUCCUCAAAGUUCCUGAGGCAGACCAGCCUGGUGCUGAGCCUGUUGCUGGUCUGCUGCACCGCCACACUUUUGCUCUGCUUGUUAAUGGAGCAGAUGGAAGUGCCGCGACCAAAGUACCGCAGACCUCCAGUUUUACUUCAGCAGGACCAGCACCUCCUAAAUUUCACCACCUUUCAUUAUCUCGCUAGUCCGUACGCGUGCCACCCUGACGAGGAAGUGAAAGCCCUCAUCGUAAUAACUUCGCAUGCCGGAGACUUGAAGGGACGAACGGCUCACAGAAAUGGGAUGCCACUGAAGGUUCUAGCCAAAAUGGGGGUGCGGAGGAUUUUUUCUCUGGCGCUUCCGAGGAAGGACCAAAAGGGCUAUAAUUUCAUUGAACAAAAAGAAGUGGAAAAAGAGGCCAUGCAGUAUGAUGACAUUAUACAGGGGAAUUUUUUGGAGGACUACCACAACCUGACCUACAAACACGCCAUGAGUUUGCAAUGGGCCGUCCAGUUUUGCCCUCAAGCUAAAUUUCUGAUCAAGCAGGACGACGACAUAGCCGUCGACCUGCCGCGUUUGCUGGCCCUGGCGCCUUCACUGGUUCACCAAAAUAUGAUUGGAUACGUCCUGGACGGAAUGACACCAGAGAGACACAAAACCAAGUGGCGCGUUUCAAAAACUGACUGGCCCAGCGGUCACUAUCCUAGGUUUCUCUCUGGCUGGCUGUACGUAACAACCCCUGCUGUGGCCAGCAAAGUGCUUCAGGUUUUGGGUGCAGACUUUUUCUGGAUAGACGACAUGUUCAUUACAGGGGUGGGCAGUGAGAGGGCCAAAGUGCCUCUGAUGGACUUGAGCCCGCACUUUGCCAUCAACUCGGAAAGUGUGCAUUGCUGCUUACAGGGCAGAGGCUGUGAUUUCGUGGUGGCACCGACUGGGGCGGACUGGCACUUGUUGGAAGAGUAUCUCAGACUAACAAGGACAACUGCAGCAAACAGAAGGGGCCGCGGAAACUGUGUCGUCACAGAAGAUCCAAACGAGAAACCGUGGGGACCAGGAAGGGGCCAAAUUAAAGCAGUGGGAUUGUAAGAAAUAACCUUCAUUGAAGUUUUUAUCUAGUCGAUGAUUUUGAUACAGAAAUAAAUUUAUAUUCAUACAAAUUUGAACUUAAUUACAGAUAUUAAUUGGAAUGCAUGAACAUUCUCUUGAUAUAAAAUAAUUUGAGAAAGUACUGGUGUGAUAAAAUAUGAAAAUAAUUAUUGAUCACAGCAUCUGCCUUGUCACUGUAAAGCUCAGAAUCAUUUUCUCUGUUUAGUCAUAUUACGCUGAUAUCUUUCCCUGCUUUUUCCUUAAAACUACAGUACCUUCUUUGUCCUGGAUUCAAUUUUUGUAAGGGCCGUGAAGAUCUUUGAUGAGCCACAAGCUAUCCAAAACAGCCCCCUUCUAAAAGAACCACAAUGAAGUUUUUAUUGAACUUGUGAACACAGACUAUAUUGCUUCAACUUGCCUUAUCGUCGGAUACUUGUUCAAAAUAGAGAUGAGUCUUGUUUUGGACAGUCAUUCUUGCAUAACCGUAGUCGUUGCUCCUGAAAGCGCUCCAGUCUGGUUUGUCACCAGUGAAAUGUUCCCUACCCUCUUG